GCGAGGCGGGCCGCGCUUACUGCGGGGCCCCCGGGGAAACGAACCGGCCUCCUAUUCAGCCCUCGACCGCGGGGAUCCGGCGGAGGAAGCAGCGGCGCGGGGCGCGCGCUUGGCACCAUGACCCAGACACCCGCCUUCGACAAGCCCAAAGUAGAACUGCAUGUCCACCUGGAUGGAUCCAUUAAGCCCGAAACGAUCUUAUACUACGGCAGGAAGAGAGGGGUCACCCUCCCUGCUAACACAGCUGAGGAUCUGAAGAACAUCAUUGGCAUGGACAAGCCACUCACCCUCCCGGGCUUCCUGGCCAAGUUCAACUACUACAUGCCUGCCAUUGCGGGCUGCCGGGAGGCCAUCAAAAGGGUCGCCUAUGAGUUCGUUGAGAUGAAGGCCAAGGAGGGCGUGGUGUACGUGGAGGUGCGUUACAGCCCACACCUGCUGGCCAACGACAAAGUGGAGCCGAUCCCCUGGAACCAGGACAAAGGGGACAUCAGCCCAGACGAGGUGGUGUCCCUAGUGAACCAGGGCCUGCAGGAGGGAGAGCGAGACUUCAAGGUGAAGGUGCGGUCCAUCCUCUGCUGCAUGCGCCACGAGCCCAACUGGUCCCCCGAGGUGGUGGAGCUGUGUAAGAAGUACCAGCAGCAGACCGUGGUGGGCAUCGAUCUGGCUGGGGAUGAGACCAUCGAAGGGAGCAGCCUCUUCCCUGGACACCUGAAGGCCUACGAGGAGGCUGUGAAGAGCGGCAUUCACCGCACGGUCCACGCCGGGGAGGCUGGCUCUGCAGAGAUGGUGAAAGAGGCUGUGGACAGGCUCCAGACGGAGAGGGUGGGACACGGCUACCACACCGUGGAGGAUGAGGCCCUGUACAAAAGGCUGCUAGAGAAGAACAUGCACUUUGAGGUCUGCCCCUGGUCCAGCUACCUCACGGGCUCCUGGAACCCGGACACGGAGCACGCAGUCGUUCGAUUCAAGAAGGACCAGGCUAACUACUCGCUAAACACGGAUGACCCGCUCAUCUUCAAGUCCACCCUGGACACUGAUUACCAGAUGACCAAAGAGAAGAUGGGCUUUACCGAAGAGGAGUUUAAGAGACUGAAUAUCAAUGCGGCAAAGUCCAGUUUCCUCCCAGAAGAUGAAAAGAGGGAGCUACUGGAUCUGCUCUAUAAAGCCUACGGGAUGCCACCUGCGGCCUCUGCAGCAGAGCAGCAACCGUGAAGGCAUCGCGGCCGCCGCUCCGAGCCGCACCCUGUGGAUGGAGACUUCAUAGCUCUGGGGGUCGAGUGGCACCCAUCUUUCUCCCUCUGGGAAGACCAUGCUUUCCAGUCAGCACUGAUGCUACUUGAAGCCUGUGUGCCCCUGCUGACCCACACAGCGUGGCAUGGUCAAGCCCCUCCUCUGGUUAUGAAACCCUCCUCCUCUGGUGACUAAUGCGGAAAAGCUGGUGCUCAAUAAAGAAGCCAACGGCUGGUGUCGUGCAGCA